UACAGCAUGCUAACUUAAAGGAAAGUUUUACAGUUGACAAAUUGACGUUGAGGGUUUUCGUUACCCAGAUCUCUUUCAAAUGGGCCCCGUCGCCUAGCAUUUACUCCCCUGAGCUUCGCCGACUGAAUUUCUUAUAGCUGUAACACCAGUAGUUAAAAAGCGUUUUCCAUCUACGCACAGCUGACAAAAGGAGAUCAGAAGAAUGGCAGCGAUUCCAUCAGGCGGCUCACUUGUUGCUACCCAUGAUUACUACAGACGGCGUAUAGGGUCCCAUUCCAGCGGAAGCUCCUGUAGCAGCUCUGAGUACACUGGGGAGGUCAUCCCACACCAUCCAGCAUUGCCCAAGCAAGAUUCUGGACACUGGUGGUCUAGUUUCUUCUUUGGGAAAUCGAACCAGACUGGAACAACUGCUUUGACCGAAGCACAACAGAAGGCAGGGAUGUACAGUGUGACCAAUGGCCAGGUGACCUGCGUGGCCAGGGAGAUGGCGCUGAAGAAUCCGCUAGUAGCCGCUAGUAGCCAGUCUGAGAAGCCUGAGGCAAGCAAUCCCCCUCCGUCCUGAUGUGGGGGUCCAAAACCAACGCUAGGCAACGGAGACAACUCCAUUUUUUUUUUUACCUGUAAAAAAAGGCUGCUUUUUGUUUUUAUACAGUUUUUUUUAUUCAAGAUUUAAGAUUAAAAAAUGAAUUCCCAUAUAACACCUUAGUGGACAUGUUACCCAUUUAUGUCGCUUGUCAUCCCAAGAUGAAUAAAGUUACCUUAAGCAGCCUACAGUUAUGGUUUCUGAAGUUCUUCCUUUCUGUGAAAUUGUACAGAGGAAUUAUCCUUUAGAAAAAUAUGGGGAUUUUUAUGUUCAUGUUUCAUUUAUGAUUCAAUCUCAAUAGAUCUGUGAAUAAUGGCUGUGAGCAAAAAUGUACAAUGGAUACAGAAAACCUUUCGGUCAUUUCUCCUGAGGUUCCGAGUAGUGAUCUGGGCUCUGAAAUGGUAUUCCACGAGAAUGAUGCUCAAUGAUGCGUCGCUCUGUUGGGUUGCUCCUGAAAGGGGACCGCACCAGCUUGUACACUGGCAGUCUGGUUGGAUAAAUGUGCUUUAUGCAUGCUCAUUUCUGACCCUGUAGUAGAGAGCAUGCAAAUGCCAGCAAAUCUGGCUGCAUUCCUACUGGGUGCUUGCCACAGGUUGCUUGUUGGGCAGUUAGCUUUCCAAUUUGCAUUUUUAUACAGCAUUUUGGUUAUACAUAAAUGUUUUGUGUAAACCUGUAUACAUUUACCCCUCUUCAUUAAAAAUAAUUCAAAUAAAUGAUUGUCUUGCUGUGCUUGCAA